GUAGUAAUAGUACUUUCAUGAAGAUUGAAAGAUGAAGGUCUUUAUUUUUCUUCUUCUGUUCGCGACGUUGUGGACUGUCCAUAGCGAGAUUCACUCUCUUCAGUACAUCUACACGGCUCUUUCGAAGCCCCCAGGUCUAAAUGCUCCAGGCCUCUACCAGUUCACUGCCAUGGGAAUCCUGGAUGACAGAACGAUCGAUUAUUACAACAGCAAGGAUCAGAGGAAGAUUCCUACGCAGGACUGGAUGAGGAAGAAUUUGCCUGAAGAUUACUGGCUGAAAGGCACUCAGUCCCGCAAGAGCAAGGAACAGUGGUUCAACGUCAACGUCAAUAUUCUGAUGGACCGCAUGCAUCACAACAAGUCUGAUCUCCACAUCCUGCAGUGGAAGCAUGGCUGUGAGGUUGAGAAGCUGUCUGGGAACCAGCUGAAAUUUCAGAAGGGCUUCGACCAGUACAGCUACGAUGGCGAGGACUUCCUGUCCUUCGAUGAUGCCAAUAUGCAGUGGGUGGCCUCAGUGCAGCAAGCCUUCCCCACCAAGAAAAAGUGGGAUGAUGUUCAGAUCCUCAACCAGUACACCAAGGGGUACCUGGAGAAGGAGUGCAUGGAUUGGCUGUCCAAAUUCGUCACAUACUCAGAGGCUCAAGUGGCAGAGCAAAGUCGACACUCUCCUCCUGAAGUGUUCGUCUUUGCAAAGGCAAAGGAUGACAAGCGUACUCUGACGUGUUUGGCCACUGGAUUCUACCCGAAGGACGUGGAGGUGCACAUCAUGAGGGACGGUGUGCCCCUGACAGACAGAGAUGGAGUCACUUCUUCAGGAAUCCUGCCCAAUGGGGACGUACUGGAGACGUAUCAGAUGAGGAAGAUGGUGGACGUCGAUACGUCUGACAAAGCAGAGUACAGCUGUGUGGUCAAGCAUGUAACCCUGAGUCAGCCGGUGAUUGAAAUGUGGGAUCACCAAUGUUGGAACUGUGGCGAUGGUGAUUGUACCAUUCAGGUGGUCGCCGGUGUUAUGGUUACCAUUGUGGUCGUGGCAGCUGUUUUGGCAGGGGUUGCAUUUCUUAUCAGAAGGAGAAGAAUCGACCAGGCACAGAUGCAGGCUCCAGUGGCAGUGGUGACACUUGGUCAGCCAAAUGGCACAACUGCUCCUCUGUUGGUCAAUGGACAGAACGGUCAGUGA